UCCUCAAACUAAGAACCUCACUUUUAAAUCAGAGAAAAGGAGAAAGAUAACUUCAAAGGAUGCUGAAACUUUCAAUGGCACACUCUCUCUCUCUCGUCCUUCCAAACAGACAAAUAGAAUUUGGGGUGCUUUCUCCAUUCCCCCAAAUCCUCAAUCUGACUCUUGUCUUCAACUUUAUAACUUGGGUAUGAGAAACUGCAGCGAUAGCAUAAGGAGCGAGACAUACCCAGCGGGAUUUGGGCUUCUUAGCAUCACAGGGCUUCCCCUCCUCCUUGUACCCCAAAUUGCUUUUAUAGGUCCCCUUCGUUUUAGAUGCCAUUUGUGAUGAAGGAUACAGUACAGCUUAGUCAAGGCAGGACCCAUCAGCUACCAGUUCAGAGCUUGCAAAAAUCCAGAAAGCCAGUAGAUGGCCUCUUUACUGAUGGCCCAGAUUUGGGUGACCUUAGUGGAUCUGCAGGAGGGGUGCAACCCUGCGGAAUACUGGAUGCUAAUCUGAGGUUCUACCUGGGCAUAAGGGGGCUCCUGAUGAAAAGACCUUCCAGUCAGCAUGCCUGAAAUUCUCACUGCGUAUGGAAACCUCAUUGACAUCUGCCUUCCUGAGAAAGCUUAUUGCUGUGCUGAAGGAAGAGGGAAAAAAAAGAAAAGAGGGAUUUGACACAAGCAUGGCAAACAGAGAAGGGAGCAUCGUUUUCUCAAGAGAGGGAGCGAGAGAGAGAGCUGGUGGACUUCAGUCUUGGCUGCUCUUCCACUCAGAAAGCAGGAUUCAGCCUCGCUGCUCAACCCUUCUUUUCCCACAGGCAGCGGAUCGCUCCUGGUUGGGCAGCCACCAGGUGGGGGUCAUGCAGUUGUCAACCGGCUUCCUCCCCAGACAGAGGAAGCAACUUCCACCUGCUGCAUCAGGAUUUAGAAGCGCGGCUGGCGCUCGGAACGAUGAGGUCGGGAUUUUCGAGAACGGCCGGGUUUGAAAAGUAACCCCUGAUCUGGAGUCACCUUUCAAGUUCACGGAAACAUGCCAGCGAUCCAGAAGGGAAACUGGAUGCACGAGCGAGGGUCCGCUACUCCCUGCGUACAAAAGAGAAGGAAACAGCCCUAUGGGGUUCUGCAUCUUUCAAACAAUAGGAAAGUCUUCCACUGAAGAAAAAAUGCACGUAUCCGAAGCCACCACCAUGGCUAUCAAAAAGUUCCUGUGUUACAGAACAUGAAUUCACAGGCACUCAUCAUACUGAGGAUUAGUACAUUUACAAAGAAAUUCUGAACAGUCUGAUCUUAACUGAUUUUGGCUUUAAAUGCUGCAAUCAUGAUCUCUGCAGAUCUCUUUGGAACCACGACCAAUCUCAACGCUUUGGCACAGAAAUCCAAAUUUAUCUACUUCGCAGAGAAUCAUACCACAGAAAUUUACGCAGGACCUGCAUCUCCGGUGCUUUGUAACAGCACCUACUUUGAACUCAAUGGCUCACGUUUUUGCAACGAAAGUCAAACACUCAGCCUUGUCGACAAGUCAGAACAGCAGCAAUACGUUAUAGGUCUUUUCCUAUCAUGCCUGUACACAAUAUUCCUCUUUCCCGUUGGCUUUGUUGGGAACAUCCUCAUUUUAGUGGUGAACAUCAGUUUUCGCGAGAAGAUGACCAUUCCAGACCUGUACUUCAUAAACCUUGCCGCAGCAGAUCUCAUUUUAGUUGUUGACUCCCUCAUUGAAGUUUUUAAUCUCGAUGAAAAAUACUAUGACAUAACCAUCAUUUGUACUUUCAUGUCCUUGUUCCUGCAAAUCAACAUGUACAGUAGCAUUUUCUUCCUAACGUGGAUGAGCUUCGACAGGUACAUCGCCCUAGCCAAAGUCAUGAAGUCCAACUUGUUCCGCACCAUGGAGCACGCUAGGCUGAGCUGUGGCCUCAUCUGGUUGGCCUCCAUUUCUGCAGCAUUAGUGCCCUUCACAGCUGUCCACUUGCAACACUCCGGGGAAAUCCACUUCUGCUUUGCUGAUGUAGCGGAAAUUCAGUGGCUAGAAAUCACCUUAGGAUUUAUCAUACCUUUCGCUAUCAUAGGCCUUUGUUAUUCAUUAAUUGUUAGAGUUCUGAUCAGCGCCCACAAACACAGGAGUUUGCGCAUUCGCCGACAGAAAGCUCUCCGCAUGAUUUUUGUUGUUGUCCUCGUCUUCUUCAUUUGUUGGCUUCCGGAAAACGUCUUCAUAAGCGUGCAACUUCUCCAAAAGACAGAGGAAUCCUCAUCAAGGGGCCAGUCUUUCAGACAUAACUAUCCCUUAACAGGGCACAUUGUCAAUCUUGCAGCAUUCUCAAACAGCUGUUUGAACCCACUUAUCUAUAGUUUCCUAGGUGAAACUUUCAGAGACAAACUAAAGUUGUAUAUUGAACAAAAAACCAAGGUGUCCAUUUUAAACCGCCUUUGUCACGCUACACUGAAAUCGGUGAUUUCGGAUAGCACUGAGCAAUCAGAGGUUUAGGUUAGCCUGUAUCAAAGGUACCAUUACAGACCCUGUCCAUCGUGCUUCUUACUAACCGAAAAAGUGCUCACUUUGUCCUAUCCACAAUGUUUUUAUAACAACAUGUAAAACAUUACACAGUACUCAGGACUGCUUUAAUUAUGGAGGAGAAUAAAAGCCUCACAGAAGGUCAGUUGCAUCUGUAUACGCAAGGAAAAGGGAACAGACAAUUACUUAAGGAAAAAUGUAACUAUAAUACAAUUCUCGAAUAUUGUUACCUUUCUGAUCUAUGUUAGAUGCCCUAGAAAAUAUAAUAAAAUUGCAGUAACCCUGGAAAAAAUUCAAUAGAAGGUAUUGAUAUUAAGAUGUAGAGAAGUCAGUGGUUUUCCAUUCAUAUAUAUCAUCUUGCAAACUCAGUUAAGGAAGCAGCUAUAAAGUUCAACACAUGAUCCAAAACCUAGACAGAUGUAUUUGGUGGAAUAAACUGAAUUAAGGGAAACAGAAAAGCAAUCAAGGUUUAGAGUGGAGCCCUUCUCCGGUGGUCAUUUUAAAAACUGGUUAGCCGAUGUGUUUUGAUUUCCAGUUCUCCCAACUUCCUUCUAAACAUGGAUCGGUUUGUAAACCAAAUAAGGUAACUGUUUCUACAUACAUACCAGGUUAACAACAUUUUGCAAAAUAAACGAAAAAGAUGCAAAAAUGAUCUAACGACCACCUGUACACUGGACUUACAGAAUGCUGUUAACAGUUGCAUCCGUGGAAAUAAGGUUUAUUUUAUCUUGAGUGGAACAUUCCAGGUUCAUAUUUAAUACACAAUACAAACUCUUAUCUUUUUUGUUAAUUUACUGAUGGGAGCAAUUUACUGGGAGAACUGUACGUAUGCUGGAUCUUGGCUUUCUCCAUUGUUUUCUGUAGCAGGUCUCAAUUCCGCCUCAAAUCCCUUGAUUAAAAGUAAAUGGGUACCAGAAGGUGGGAAGAGAGUGCAAGGCCAUUGUGUUAGCCUACAUUUGAGAAGGGGAGAGGCAAAAUAGGGGGCAGAAGUGAGAACUGAAUUGCUCAAGCACACAACAUCCAGAAGUAAGUAUGCCCAAAGAGUACACGAUGAGAUUAAAAAAAAAAAUCACUGUUUUCCCUGCACUGCUUGGGAUUUUCCAGGACAAAGGACACAUCUUUUGUCACUCUUCAGAAUACUUCCCUCUCCUUUAAUUGAAUGCUCAGGGUCAACAAGAGCUUUGCAGCAGCACUGGAAUGGCAAAAGAUGUCUAGGUGGGGGUCCUGCUUCACUUUGCUUCUUUGCAAGUUUUCCUGGGAGGCCUGAAUAGGAAAACAAACCUUUCAGGGUGGGUUUUUCUGUGGUGGCUUCAGGCCAUCUUAAUGAAAACACUCCUCUAGCAGCUGUUCCUGGUCUCCAUCCCCACAAUGGUGAUGAUGAUUAAAUAUUGUACAGACUCUGGAUCAGGAGAUUCUUCAGGUUCUCCUGGAUCCUGCCACCAUACUCUGCUUUUGGGAUCAUGGCAUCAAUACCGUGUGCCAAUGCAUGAGACACUUCCUGGGUUAGGGGCUGCAUUGUAAGUAGAGAGGAGACAGACAGACCUGAAGCACAUUUUGGAUCUCCACAUGGACGUCUACAAUAGACGUUCCAGAAGAUACCAUGCGAACAAGCUCACAGACUGAAAGGCCAGUACCAGAUCCACUUUCC